AUGAGCUGCAUCGUGUUAGCUAGAGGACGACUUCUGGUGAGUAUGUAUGGGAAAACUUUCCAUUCCUCACUAAUAACCGGCUUGUUUAUCAUAAAAGAAAAUUGUAGAAUGUCUAUGUACCCUGCUUGUUUCAUGGGGGCCGAGUUAAACAGCGAUAUAACCCGUAAGCUGCCGUUCGCAUCAUUCUGUAGAGGAAUUUUUACAUGCUAAAUAGGAAAUCGUAGUAAUUAAGUAUUGUUAUUAUUAUUUCCUUAGGGUCUGCUACCUCGUGGAGUUUUUCUUAGAUCUCUUCAAAUACAGGCUGAGUCUGAAGGUGAAAAAAAAAUUGCAGAAAUUUUAAAACAGAAUUUCAGCGCUUCACAAAUUGCCGUCAAGGACAUCUCAGGUUGGUAUACGCGAAUGUUUAUAAACCGACUGCAAAGAGAAGGAAAAUCGGUCAUUAUUUUUUGCCUGGGGAAGGGGGAAGGAGUUUGCAGAAUUUGGGCUGAUCCACCCUCCAUUUCCCCUGGAAGCCAUGUGAUCCCAAAAAUCCUCUGCCCCUUCUCCCCCCCCCCCCUUCCCCCCAACCUCCCUGCCAUCAAAAGAUAACUGGCCACUAAUAAAGAAGAAGAGAAAGCAAACAAGCAAAAUUAAAAACUAUGCAUAGUGGGAUUGAGGUAUCUUUUCAAAGCAGUGAUUACUGAAUUAACAUACAAUGUGAAAAAUAAUGACUGCAUUCAGUCAUUUUGCUCUUUCUUUAAACUUGCAUACAGGAGGGUGUGGUGCCAUGUAUGAAAUAUUUGUUGAAUCUGAAGACUUCAGAGGAAAGAGACAAGUGCAACAGCAUCGCCUUGUCAAUAAAGUAAGUAUAGAUUUUCAAUUUGUUGUUAUUUUCUACUACUCAAAAAUCUUGAAAUUGCACAAGAAAAUCGUUUUAUUUCUUGCUUGUUGAACAUAUUAAUCUGUUAUUAAACCAUUAUAACCUAAUAUAUAUCUCUUAACACCCCUUUUUCUCUUUACUGACAAGGAGAAUUUUAUUAACAAUCAGGAGCUUCCUAAAUUGAUGAUCGUUUCCUUUAUUCUCCUAACCCUUGCAUUUGAUUCAAGGCUGAUAUUGUAAGGAGAAAAUAGAUACCCCUCACUUUUAGAGGUCAAAGGCUAAAAGAUUCUCGAUAAUGCUACAUUUGAUCUCUCCCCACUGAUAGAAUACAAAGUGAAAUAUAGUUUUUAAUCAUAUUACUGUGCAAUCAUUAUUAUUGAUCAUUAAUUUUUUUUCUUUCAAUUAUAGGCCCUUGGAGAUGAAGUCAAAAGUAUGCAUGGAUUGAGGAUUUUCACAGCAAUUCCUGAGGAAAAAUAAUGCUAACUUGGCAAAAUUAAAUUGGGACAAAGUACAAAGAGAUCUACGUCAAGUCAAUUUUGAAAUGGUGAUAUCUCAUCAACACUCUGCAACAGAUCCUACACUGAAGGCAGCUGUGAAUAUUUCGUCUAUUUUUCUGUUUUUUGUUUGUUUGUUUGUUUGUUUUUUUUAACUUUUAUAUAUUUUCUUUUAACCUCAAAACAAUAUUUUCAUCACUAAGCCCACUUUUGAAGCUGGAAAGACUCCAACAUUAAACCUCAUUUCUCAACUGUUGUACCCUCCAUAUAGCUUCAAAUGUUCUUUUUGCUGAUAACAAACCUAGGACAUGAGCAUGAGAGGCUAACAAACACUUGACAUAAAAAAGAAUAUCAGACCAUUAGUGAAAGCCCAAAAAAUCUAAAGCAAUCAUUCACAGCCUUCAUUUACCAGGGUGGAAAUGUUGAAACUGCAAUUUGCUCUGUAAGGAGCAGACAAAUGCUAAUCUGCAAUUUGAAACUGCAGUUUGCUCUGUAAGGAGCAGACAAAUGCUAAUCUGUUGACUAAACAGUGUAUCUUUGGCUUUGUCAUCUUGAAUAAAGAAAUUAAUGGA